AUGGAUAACGACUACGAAUCGCCAUGGGGUCUUUCGCAGCUUGAGGCGCCUGCAGACUCGCAGAAUAUCGAUUCGCAACCUCUCAACGAUGACGAGCUUGGAAUCAAUACUGAAGUGCAAGUCAAGAGAACCCGGCAUGUGGCGAAACUAGACGAUACCCGUAUGAUGGACGACAAGGGGCUUCCCGCUCUCAAGCAUUUGUGUACCAAGGUAAAUUUGAAGGGCAAUGGCCACGAGGUUGGAGAUCUGGGUCGACUACUGGACAUGUACCAGAUGUGGUCGCAUGAUCUGUUUCCCAAGGGCCAGUUCAAGAGCUUGUAUCCUCUGACGUCCAAAGCCGGUCGAACUGCAACUGUGCGGGGACUGCGACUUGCUUGGAUCGAUGAGGAACAGCGUAAGAAACAGACUGCGGAUGUUGCAACUGCAGUUGAUGAGCUGGAGGACAUUACAGACUUCAGAGAUAGGGGACGACAUUUUGAAACAGAGCCUCGAUACAGUAGGCAAUCGGAACCCCCCGUGGAGACUUCCGUGAAUGUGGACAACCCCGACGACCUGUUUGUGGGUAUGGACAGUGUUGACCAUCGACUGGUAUCCGACGAAGAUGUUGACAUUCAGGCAGAGGUUAGUCGACGAGAGGAUGAUGAAGAUAGAGAGCAGGACGUGAGCGAGCUAUUGGAGGGAGCUCGAGCCCAGCGUGACAAGGACAAUUCGAGAUCGUCCGGACGACUGAGUCUAUUUGAUCUGGGGGGGAGUGGUAGCCCCUCUGAGAGUGAUCGUGGAGGCAGUACCUUAGAAGGUGAUAUAUUCGGCACUGGUUCUCUAGACCCCACUCCUCCACCUGCAUCUGAGACUUCCACGCAGGCACCUGCUGCUCAGCCACCAGCUACACAACCUCCUCAGGCACCUGCUCCAACUCAACCUCCCUCCAACCAGGCACCCGUUAAAGCGCCACCCCAGCCGAUGCGACAAAUGGAUGAUCUGGAGUUGGACAUGCUGGCUGACUUUGAGCCUGAUUUCGAGGACCAGGAACAACAUGAACCCGAACCUGAUCCUGAAGACUACGAGGAUGACGAGGCAAUGGCCGUCAUGCGAGAAAUGGGUCUUUGA